UUUUGUCGAAAAAUGUAGGCACUGCAGGGAGGGGAGAUGCCUCAAUAUUGUUGAAUUUAUGAUAUUGAUAGACAAUGGAAUUCCAAAAGCCUCCUCUUGGAGAAGACAACAAUGUUAUGUUUAAGUCGGCCAUCUUUUCUCCUCUGCGGUUUCCCAUCCUCCACUUAUCUAAUCUUUCACUCUUUUCCGACCAAAAUAGCAACCUCGUCGAAUCAUAAUUCAUAGCGUUGCAUAUUUAAAGUGUCCAGUUCUUUGGCUUUUGUUUGUCUGUUUCCGUAUAAAGGCCGCGUGCAGGUUCAGCUGCAGGUGCCGCAACAAACGCUGAUAUCUCUGUCGUCAUCCAUCAGCAAGCAUACACUCAGAGUGAGAAUUGAGAAAUGGCGUCGACGAAACGCGAGUUGCCGUUUAGUGAUGAAUCUAAACUGAAGAAGCCGAGGGUUGCGGAAUUGGAGCGCUUUCAAUCGCCUGCCAUGGCUAACCUGCGCGUUGUUCUCAAUCCCGCUGAUUGUGACAUAGAUUUUAAUGUUGGGAGAGAUGGUCUGCAAGGCUCAGCACUCUAUGAGGAAGGCUUUGCUUAUUGCUGGUCUGGUGCUCGGGCAAAUAUCGGAGUCACCAGAGGGAAGUAUUGCUUUGGCUGCAAAAUAGUAUCAGCUCAACCGGUGGUCAUGGAAGAUACUCCACUAGAUCAGCAACAUGUCUGUCGUGUUGGCAUAUCUAGAGGAGAUGAUGCUGUGCGAAAUCUUGGAGAGACUGUACACAGUUUUGGGUUUGGUGGCACUGGGAAAUUUUCUAACUCGGGAAACUUUUUCAGCUAUGGUGGAACAUUUGGUGUUGGCGAUACUAUAGUUUGUUGCGUUGAUCUCGAAGAUAGGCCCAUGGCUUCUAUUGGUUUCUCCAAAAAUGGCAAAUGGUUGGGUAUAGCAAAGUAUUUCGAUGCAGGUCCAAGCGGCCUAGGUGUAGUGGGUUCUCCAAUAAACAAUCUGCAAUGGGAAUCAGCUCUUUUCCCCCAUGUUCUACUGAAAAAUGUAGCAGUCCAGUUGCAAUUUAGCAUUGAUGAUGGUUUAAUUCCAGAAGAUGGCUACAAGCCCUGGACUACUGCCAUUUUGGAUGGGAACACAAUUUUGGGACCCACCUUUGCAAAUGAAAAUGAUUGUGAAGUGAUAAUGAUGGUGGGUUUGCCGGCUUCUGGAAAAACUACUUGGGCUGAGAAAUGGGUGAAGGAGCAUGCUGAAAAGCGUUAUGUUCUUCUUGGGACGAAUUUAGCUCUGGAACAAAUGAAGGUUCCUGGUUUGUUGCGCAAGCAUAAUUACGGUGAACGGUUUGACCGCUUGAUGGAUCGAGCAACUAAGAUUUUCAAUGUUCUUCUGUCCAGGGCUUCCAAAAUACCUCGUAAUUUCAUUAUUGAUCAAACUAAUGUCUACAAGAGUGCUCGUAAACGUAAACUAAAGCCUUUCGCAAAUUAUAUAAAGAUUGCUGUUGUGGUUUUUCCAACAGCAGAAGAGCUCAAAUUGCGUGCAGAUAAGAGAUUUAGUUUGGUUUUUGGAACUUAAUGGAGCAGAAUCACAGAUAUCCUUGGAUGAGAUGAAAAGAGAAAUGAGCAUGAAGCAAUCUUCAAGUGAAAGUUCUCUCAUGUCAUACAGUAGCUCCUCAUGGCAAUAUUGUCAGAAAGCUCCAGUGAAGUCAUAUGGUGCCUCAUUUCAGGAUCAAGGCCCUCCUACUUGUGACUUCAGCCGUGAUUUUGAUAAUACUGGUAGUUUCAAAGGAUAUGACUGCUCCAGGAUAAGUGAGUCUCAGAGCAGAGUGCUGACGUCCCAUGGAGGCACUGGCGAGGUCUACAAUAGUUACAGUGUCGAUGAUGCUUACAACCAUACUGGUGUUGGUAGCCAACAUUUCUCACAUGGAGUUACAGUUGAUCCUAGAUGGAGCAACACUGUGGAACUCUAUUCUAGAGCAUUAUUGUACAACACUUGCGAUGAUAGACACGCCAGUGGUUCUGGGGGCGCACUACAUGAUGUCCAGACUAUGAGGCAUUCUGCAUAUCAGCCUGCUACACAAUUCCCAUACGGUUCUUAUAGGACCCAAACACCUAUACCUCCCUUCGGUCGUUUCCCGAACGAAGCGCAGCAUGCUGGAACUGGAGGGUAUCAUCAGCCGUCUUGUUGGGAAUUCUCGGAUAAAAGGCACUGGUUGAUCACAGAGAAGCAGAGGACAAAACAGAGAAAUGGUUGAUCACAGAGAAGCAUAACAGAGAAGCAGAGCUCCUUUCCUUACGAAGUCGCGUUUUUGUGGAAUGGAAAACACGUUUUUCACUUGUCCUAUUAGUUUUACGUUUAUGUCAGCUGAUUGGUUAGUUUGUUAUUUUUGUUAGUCGUCUCUUUCAUCUGCAUUUUCCUCUGUAUUUAACAGAGAGUAUUGUACAGCAAUUCAUAUAUGAAAAUUGGCCAAAGUUCUGCCUUUGCAAUGGCAGUUAAUUC